AUGCGCAUGGUCCGCCGACAUGUGACGCCUCCAGCUAUAUCACCAUCCAGUAUCCUCCUUCCACUCCGGAUUUGGCAAUGGCUGGGAGGCAUUCGCCUUGUCUUGCUGAUUGCCAGUCUUGCUUUGCCUGCUAUCGUCCACGCUCAGACACCGGGUCAGAUCUCUGCUCUCCGAAAGGAGGCUGAAGAUCUCUUCUACCAUGGCUACGAAAAUUACAUGUCCCAUGCCUUUCCUGAAGACGAACUGCGCCCGAUCUCCUGCAGGCCUCUAACACGUGACCGCGACGACGUAACCCACAUUGAAGUAAACGACCCAUUGGGGAACUACUCCCUUACCCUCAUCGACAGCCUGUCUUCGUUGGCUAUCCUAGCCUCCAAUCCUUCCACCCCGAGACACAACAAGCCCCUCCGUCUGUUUUACGACGGUGUCCGAGGCCUGGUUGAACAAUAUGGUGAUGGCUCCAAUGGACCGUCUGGCCUGGGGCUCAGAGCAAGAGGAUUCGAUCUGGAUAGCAAAGUGCAAGUGUUUGAGACAGCGAUACGGGGCCUUGGUGGGCUGCUGAGCGCUCAUCUGUUUGCUGUGGGGGACCUACCGAUUCGUGGAUAUAACCCUUCCCCAGAGCAGGCCGCAUUCGCGAAACGGUGGCACAAGGAGCAUGGCCACACUGGCUCUCGGGGCAUUGUCUGGUCUAAUGGGUUCGAGUACAAUGGCCAACUCCUCAGGUUGGCGUAUGAUCUCGGGAAUCGGCUGCUCCCUGCCUUCUGGUCCGCCACUGGAAUUCCCUAUCCUCGGGUCAACCUUCGACAUGGCAUACCCUUCUAUGUCAACUCCCCCUUGAAUACGGGCUCGAACGAUGGACAAUGCGACGCCCUCUCCGGUGCGGCUGAAAUAACGGAAACGUGCAGCGCGGGUGCUGGGAGUCUUGUUCUGGAGUUCACCGUUUUGAGCAGACUUACCGGAGACGGCCGUUUUGAGGAUUUGGCCAAGAGAGCGUUUUGGGCUAUCUGGGAGAGACGCAGCAGCAUUGAUAUGAUCGGGUCCGGGAUUGAUGCUGAGACUGGGAACUGGAUCGGCACAUGGACGGGUAUCGGUGCUGGUAUUGACAGUUUUUUCGAGUACGCCCUCAAAUCACAUAUCCUUCUCUCUAGGGAAUCUCGCUCCGCGUACGAAAAAUCUGACAGUGCCGACGACCCGAGAGUCCUUUUCGAAUCGUUGGCAGUGGAAUAUGAUACACCUCAGGCUUUCCUUGAUGCCUGGAACACUGCUCAUGCCGCCAUCAAGAAACAUCUCUACCGUGGUCCGAACUAUCAACAUCCGCAUUACAUCCAGGGGGACUUGGUCACCGGUGCCGCAAGAGGAUUUUGGAUUGAUGCCCUGAGCGCAUAUUAUCCCGGCCUUCUGACACUUGCAGGACAUGUCGACGAGGCGAUAGAAACCCAUCUUCUACAGACAUCUCUGUGGACGAGGUUUUCGGCCUUGCCCGAGCGAUGGAAUCUGGUGACCGGUGGCAUUGAAGGUGGUUUGGGCUGGUGGGUGGGUCGACCAGAGUUCAUUGAAUCAACCUAUUACCUUUAUCGAGCCACAGAGGAUCCUUGGUACUUUUAUGUCGGCGAGAUGGCGCUUCGUGAUAUCAAGCGCCGAUGUUGGACCAGAUGUGGCUGGGCCAGCAUUCAGAAUGUCUUGACGGGCGAGAAAACAGAUCGCAUGGAGAGCUUCUUCCUUGGAGAGACAGCCAAGUAUCUUUUCCUCAUCUUUGACCCCACACAUCCUCUCCACCAUCUUGAUGAACCGUUCGUUUUCAGCACGGAGGGACAUCCCUUGAUCAUUCCCCGGAGUGUCGACGAUGGCCAAAUUCAGGGGAGACUUUGGAGUCAUUCCCCUUCCCGGGACGAGGAGGCCAUUUGCUCUGCCCCGCCGAAGCCAGUUCCCUUUACAAUCUCAAACAUUGCAGCCCGAGGUGAUGUCUACCACGCUGCAAACCUGGCUCGGCUUCACUUGAUGCCAACCCGAGAUACGGUUGAGUCGGUUCUCGGAGAGUACGCGGCAGACCAUCCAAGCAUUACAUUGUCAGACAUCAGCUCACCUUCCAACUAUACAUAUUACCCGUGGACUUUACCGCCGGAACUUGUUCCCUUUAACGCUACGAGUUCACUCAUCCCAACAAGGCCGACCCUCGAUAUUUCCUUCCCAGCGAUCCCUAACCCAGGUCAACCCGCACCGCCUCUCCAGCGUGUUAAAGAAGGCAUAUUUAUCAAUUUCAUUGGCGGUCUCCGUCUAGGAAUGAUUCAAGACACCCCGAUGUUGAUUGAAGAUGGCAUAUAUGACAUUUUCCGCAUCCAAACAAUCAACAACAUCCCGCUGGGAAAAGAAGAAAAAGUUUUCCUUGCUCGAGACACAGGCAAAAACAUUUUGAGUCUCACCGAUCCCAACUUUACUCGUGUCCGCGAUGCCACCAUGCUGGACAUAGUGAUCGAUCUGAAUGAAGCCCCGGGCUACGAGGAAACAAGCCAGAAUUCCACUGACGAAAUUUUUGUACUCGAAGUUCCUGAUCUGGACCCGGUGACUGAUGGGGCAAUGAGAGCAGCAUGGAACGCCAUAGUCUCGCAAAUCUCCAAUUUCAUCAGAGACCGCCCGCAAACGUCUUGGCCAUUUUCAACUCCGAUCUCCCUCCACUCAGCAUUACCCGUACAGGGCAGCGCCCCUUCAUCGAGCGAUGGCUUAUCACGUUACCAUCUCACAGCGGUGACACCCACCGGCCCAGGAGCUGCACCUCUGCCGGACUGGCCUGAAGUCUCGGCCGUGACGCCACCUGGCGGGCAAAUUGCGCCUCUACCAUGGACUAGGAUUUACGCCACGGACGAGCUCUGCGACCACAAGCUCCCCUUGAGCAUAGUGAAGACUCAUCAAAUUCUUGUUGUUAAAAGAGGCAGCUGCAAUUUCAGUCGCAAGUUGAACAACAUUCCUUCCUACUCACCGUCUCCGCAAGCGUUACAACUCGUAGUGGUUGUUUCUUAUGGCAAUCAUGAGGUGUCUGAUGUCGAUGUCGAAAACGGCCCAUACUCCGAAGAUCAGAACGAAGAAGCCUUGGUCAGACCUUAUUUGGAAGAACAGCAAACCACCCCUGCUGGACUACCACGAUACAACCCGAUACCCGUGAUUAUGGUCGCCGGAGGGCAAAGGGUUUAUGAUGCUUUGGUGGAGAAAACCGUUGGGAUGGGAAUCAAGAGACGAUAUCACGUUGAGACGAGGGGAGUGAGAAUUGCAAACUUGAUCAUUGUCUGA